AUGAAGCACCAGGAAGUCACAGUAGAUUACUGGGCGAUGCUUAAAACCAUGUUUACGUAUGGCGCUCUAACAGGCCUGGGUUGGAUAAUGUUAAGACUCUUUCACGCAGUCUUUACGCUGCCAAGGAGACUGCGAUCACAACAAAAUGACAUCCAAAACUCAUUAAAAGAGCUUCAGCGGCGUUUUCCGGAUCUCGAUAUUACUGAAGAGGACUUAAAAAAUGCUGAAAAGGAACUAGAUGAAAUAAUUAAAGAAAGUGACAAAAAGAGCGAAGACAUUACUGAAAAUAAAAAAGAUAUUUAG